AUGCGCUCGACGCCGCCGCUGUUGCACACCACCUCUGCCUUCGUGCUCCUGCUCAUCGCCGCGUUUGUUGUUGGAUUCUACCGUGAGUCGCUUCUUCUUCGCAUUUCCAUCAACACCCUUGUUCGAAUUGAAAUCCGCUUGUCGACGUUUCCAGUUGCAAAUGGAAGGAGUGAGGCAAGUGGCGCACGACUCACAAAUGUGCUCGUCUCCAGGGCCAAGUACUCGGGCGUGUCGGUGCGUCAUGAGCGCCUCGACAACGGCGUGUUCGCCGCCGACGCGCAACACAUCCGCCGGCGGCGCUCGUCGGGCGUCGGCGUCGCGACAUCGACGCGCCGAGUGCGCGGUGUCGCGCGCGAUUGCGGCCACUCGUGCCAUCUACGAUUGCGAUCGCACAAUCGCGUCUACUCGGUGCACCUCCAUCGCUGGAAUCAGAUACCGCCGUCGCAAAACAAAAGUGUUCCAGUCAUUUCGAAUUCCAACUACGCGCCAAUGGUGCUCUAUCUCGACUCGGACGAAUCGGUGCGCGGUCGAAUCGCCCGAGUCGCGCCCGAUUGUAUUUACCGAGCGCAUGUGUCCGGUGUCGAACAGCACAGCAUCGUCAAUCUUUGCGACUCCGAUGAUGGAUUGUAUGGCCUUCUCGCGCUUCCCGAUGGAAUUCAUACAGUCGAGCCGAUCAUCGACGAGAACUCUCAAGAACCUCGACACCGCCAACACUUGGUGCGCAAAUUCGAUCCGAUGCACUUCAAAGCGUUCGACUAUCUCAAUUCGACAACAGCAUCGGCGGCGUCGGCCACCUACGCCGAGCCGUUCGAAGAUGUGCUCGACCGCAAAACGCGAUCGCGACGCGCCGCCAAUUCGUGGGACCAUUAUGUCGAGGUGCUCGUCGUUGCCGACACGAAAAUGUACGAGUAUCACGGUCGAUCGCUUGAGGAUUAUGUGCUCACGUUGUUCUCGACGGUCGCCUCGAUCUAUCGCCAUCAAUCGCUUCGCGCUUCGAUUAAUGUCGUCGUCGUCAAAAUCAUUGUAUUGAAGGCCGAAAAUUCGGGACCACGAAUCACACAAAACGCUCAGCAGACGCUUCAAGACUUUUGCCGAUGGCAACAGUAUUAUAAUGAUCCGGAUGACACGAGUAUUCAGCAUCACGAUGUUGCGAUUCUGUUGACACGAAAGGAUAUUUGUAGGUCACAAGGAAAAUGCGAUACUCUUGGGUUGGCCGAGCUCGGCACAAUGUGCGACAUGCAAAAGAGUUGCGCGAUCAUCGAGGACAACGGUCUGAGUGCCGCGUUCACGGUUGCCCAUGAGUUGGGACAUGUAUUCUCAAUUCCACACGACGAUGAACGAAAGUGCGGCCAAUUUAUGCAGGUCUCAAAAAGCAAUUAUCAUAUAAUGGCGCCGACGUUGGAGUACAACACGCAUCCGUGGAGUUGGUCGCCGUGUUCGGCGGGAAUGCUCGAACGAUUUCUCGAAGCGAAUCGAGGACAAAUUCAAUGUUUAUUUGAUCAACCCGUCGAGCGGCGCUACUAUGAGAACGUGUUCACGCGCGACGAGCCCGGCAAAAAGUACGACGCGAAUCAGCAGUGCAAAUUCGUUUUUGGUCCCGCUUCGGAAUUGUGCCCAUACAUGCCAACAUGCCGCCGAUUGUGGUGUGCAACAUUCUACGGUAGCCAGAUGGGUUGUCGAACUCAACAUAUGCCAUGGGCCGAUGGAACACCAUGCGAUGAGUCAAGAAAUAUGUUUUGCCAUCAUGGCGAAUGCGUUCGAAUCGCCUCCCAAUCGCUUACCAGAGUCGACGGCCAAUGGGGCGACUGGCGCGGAUGGGGCGAAUGCAGCCGAACGUGCGGUGGUGGAAUUCAGAAAGCACUUCGCGAUUGUGACAAUCCCAGGCCCACAAACGGCGGAAAAUAUUGCGUGGGCCAACGCGAACGAUAUCGCUCGUGCAACACACAAGAGUGCCCAUGGGAUACGCCGCCGUUUCGCGACGUGCAAUGCGCCGAAUUCAACAACAAGGACAUCGGAAUUCAUGGGGUGCCGUCGAAGCACACACAUUGGGUGCCGAAAUACUCGAACGUCGCCGAAAACGAGCGCUGCAAAUUGUAUUGCCAAUUGUCGGGAAGCGCCGCGUUCUAUUUGCUGCGCGAUAAGGUCGUCGACGGGACGCCGUGCGAUCGAAACGGCGAUGAUAUUUGUGUGGCUGGCACGUGUAUGCCGGCCGGAUGCGAUCAUACGCUCUACUCAACGAUUCGGCGCGACAAAUGCGGAAUAUGCGGCGGCGACGAUUCGUCGUGCAAAGUGGUUCAAGGCACGUUCAAUGAGCAAGGCACAUUUGGGUACAACGAGGUGAUGAAGAUUCCGGCGGGAUCGGCCAACAUCGACAUCCGGCAGAGGGGCUUCAAUAAUCAAAAGGAGGACGAUAACUAUCUCUCGCUUCGUUCGGCCAACGGCGAAUUUCUGCUCAACGGCCAUUUUCAAGUGAGCAUGACGCGUCAGCACAUUUCGGUGCAGGACACGAUUCUCGAGUAUUCUGGAAGCGAUGCGGUCGUCGAGCGGAUCAAUGGCACCGGUCCGAUUCGAAGCGACAUUUUCGUGCACGUGCUGUCGGUUGGCAGCCAUCCGCCCGACAUUUACUAUGAGUACAUGACGGCGGCGUCGCCGAGCGUCGCCGAGCGUCCGCCGACACGCGCGCGCUAUAUGUGGCGUGUGUCGGAUCGCUGGUCGGAGUGCGAUCGUGUGUGUCGCGGAAGGCAAUCGCAGAUGUUGGUGUGCUUCGAUGUUUCGGCGAAUAGGCAGACGAGCGAGAGGAAUUGUCGCGUCAGAAAACCGAAACCAUCGACAAGAAUGUGCAAUAUUGAUUGUGCUGUGAAAUGGUCGACGAAAGACGUCACGUCGUGCAACGCCAAAUGUGGAAUCGGGCAGAAGCGUCAGAAGGCGGUGUGCGUGAAACUUGAAGGCGAUCGUCAGACGACAAUCGCUGACAUCAAUUGUGAUCCGAACGCGAAACCGGCCGAGAUCGUCUCGUGCUAUAUUGAUUGUACGGGACGACGAUGGACGUACUCGGAAUGGACGACGUGCUCGGAGACGUGCGGAAGCAACGGAAAACAAUUCCGAAAAUCGUAUUGCGUCGAUGGCAACAAUCGGCGAGUCGAUGAGUCGUUGUGCGGAAGGGAGAUCAAAGAGGCCGUCGAGAAGGAAUGCAAUCGGAUACCGUGCCCCAGAUGGGUUUAUGGCCAUUGGUCUGAGUGCUCGAGAUCGUGCGACGGCGGCGUUCGGAUGCGUCACGCGCAAUGCCUUGACGCUGCCGAUCGCGAGACGUACACAUCGCGAUGCGGCACCGCGCACACACACGAGACGUGCAACACCCAUCCGUGCACAUGGUGGACGUUCGGACCGUGGUCCGAGUGCUCGGCGACGUGCGGCGAAGGAAUGCAAUUGCGCGAGGCGAACUGCACCGAUCGACACGGCAAUCAUUUGGCCGACGCUCGCUGCAACAAAUUGGAAAGGAUCGUCUCGAAGGCGUGCCGCAAACCGGCGUGUCCGUCGUGGAAGCUCGGCGAAUGGUCGCAGUGCAGUGUGAGCUGCGACGACGGUUGGUCAUCGAGGCGAAUCGCGUGCGUCGACGAAAAUGGCAGCGAGGUGGACUUGUCGUUAUGCGGACCCGUCGCCGAUCGACCCGCGAUUCAUCAACCGUGCAGUCUUGGAGCGUGUCCGUUUUGGAAGAUGUCCGAAUGGGGCGCGUGUUCGGUGUCGUGCGGCACAGGCCAAAAAGAGCGCACCGUCGAUUGCAUCUAUCGCGAUCAGAUCGUCGACGCUUCCUAUUGUGGCGAUUCGCGACCGCCGUCGACGUUCCAGACGUGCUCGUUGGCGCCGUGCACGUCGUGGCAACCGUCGCAUUGGUCGCCGUGCUCGGUGUCGUGCGGCUCGGGAAUCCAGACGCGAACGAUUCAGUGCGUGCGCGGUCCCGAUCGGACUCCGGUUGGCGCGUACUUUUGCGACAAAAACGCGCGGCCGCGCGAGAAACGAGUGUGCGAGAAGGAUCCGUGCGGCGAGCGACGCGUCUACGCGAAAUCGCAAGCCGAAGUCCCAGCGAUUCGUUGGGCCACCGGACCGUGGACGGCGUGCUCGGCGACGUGCGGCAACGGAACCCAGCGGCGCCUUCUGAAGUGUCGCGAUCACAUUCGCGAUCUGCCCGACGCCUACUGCAGCCAUUUGGAGAAGUUCGCCGACACGCGCUCGUGCCAAAUUCGACCGUGCGCUCAAUGGCGUCAAGGCUUCUGGGAGGCGUGUCCGGCGACGUGCGGCGCGCACGUUCAACAAACGCGCAACGUUUCAUGCGUCAGCGCCGACGAGACCCAACGCGUGUUGAAGGACACCGAUUGCGACAUUCAGAAGCGGCCGGCGAGCGCGAGAAAUUGCCGUCUCGAUCCGUGCCCGAAAGGCGAAGAGCAUCUUGGAAGUUGGAUUAUCGGUGACUGGUCAAAGGUAUGUUCGGCAACGUGCGGAGGCGGAUGGCGUCGUCGAAGUGUCUCGUGCACGUCGACAUCAUGCGAUGAGACGCGAAAACCGAAAAUGUUUGAUCGCUGCAAUGAGGAGAUCUGCCCGCCGCUCACCAACAACUCAUGGCAAAUCUCGCCAUGGACACACUGUUCGGUGACGUGCGGUGGCGGUGUUCAACGCCGGCGCAUCUGGUGCGAAGAUGUGUCAUCGGGACGCAUUCAAGACGACACCGAAUGCGUCGAGCAGAAGCCGAUUGAGCAACGCGAUUGCGAAAUGCCGCCGUGUCCGACCGUCGCUCAACGCGCAUCGAUACCGUCUGUGUCGUCGUCGUCAUCGGCGUCGAAUCAACUCACGUGGCAAUCAUCAGCAUGGAGUGCGUGUUCUGCAAAAUGCGGUCGCGGAACGAAGCGACGCGUUGUUGAAUGCUUCGACACCGCGUUGAACGUGACCGUCGCGAGUACUCGAUGCGACAAGACCGACAAGCCUGUGGAAGAGGUUCGCUGCCGCGUUGCGCACUGUCCGCGAUGGAAGACGACGGCGUGGAGUAGUUGUUCGGUGAGUUGCGGUCGAGGCGUCCGAACGCGCGAUGUGUUCUGCUAUCGUGGUCGAAAGCAGAAGGUCGACGAUGAGCAAUGUAAUCCGGCGACGAAAUUGCGCAAUGAGUCGUUCUGUUUCCCGGUGGCGUGUCCCGCCUACACGUGGACAACGACGCCGUGGAGCAAGUGUAAAGACGAAUGCGCUCGCGGGCAACAACAAACGCGUCGCGUGUUCUGCAUGAGCAACGCCGGGAAGCGUGCGGCGCCGCGAAUGUGCGAGCCGGCGCCGGCGCCGCCAAUUCAUCGCCAAUGCGACACGAGCAAAUGCCCGUACGAGUGGGUGCCCGGCGAUUGGCAAUCGUGCUCGCGCACGUGCGGCAAAGGUGUUCAGACGCGCGACGUCUCGUGCCGCCUUCGGUCGAACGUCACGCUGUCGACGACGACGCUGACGUCGGUGUUUGGCGACGCGGCGGUGCCGCGCGAGAAAUGCGAACAAUUUCCGAAGCCGUCCGAAACGCAAACGUGCGAGCUCAAUCCGUGCGAUUCCGAAUUCCAAUGGCAAUUCGGACCGUGGGGAAGUUGCAGCAAAACGUGCGGUCAGGGUAUCCGACGACGCAAAGUGCGAUGCGUCGAUCGGCACGGCAAACGCGUCGAGCGAUCGAAGUGCGGCUCGAAGAGGCCGCGACGAACGCAAUUGUGUUUCGAAAGAAAUUGUCUACCGUCAACGUGUCAAGAAAUUCGAACAACCACCGGAAGCACGAACGAUGGCAAUUACACUGUUCUACUUGACGGUUUCACCAUCACCGUUUAUUGCCAUCAAAUGAGCGACUCGAUUCCGAAAGCGUAUCUGAAUCUGAAUCCGGCGACGAACUUCGCCGAGAUCUACGGCAAAAAGCUUAUCUAUCCGCACACGUGCCCGUUCAAUGGCGAACGCAAUGAUUCGUGUCAUUGUUCGGACGACGGCGACGCGAACGCCGGACUGACGCGUUAUGAGAAAAUUCGGGUUGAUCUUCUCAAUCGAAAAAUCCAUUUGACCGACUACACGUUCACCAAACAGAUCUAUGGAAAAUAUGUGCCGUUUGCAACUGCUGGCGAUUGCUACAGUAUGAAAGAAUGCCCGCAGGGCCAUUUCUCAUUGGACCUUCGCGACGCCGGCCUCCGAAUUGUCGACGAUCUCAAUUGGGAGGAUCAUGGCCAUCGAACGACGUCUCGAAUUGAUCGAACAUUCAACAAUGCGCGAAUCGAAGGCCGAUGCGGUGGCUAUUGCGGCAAAUGCGCGCCGGAACGCUACAAAGGCCUAAUAUUCGAAGUGAACACAAAAAUGAUGAAAAAAUCGUCACAAGUCCUCCAACGACGAUGA